AUAAUGCGUCAAGUUGCGGUCUCCUCCGUUUUUUUUUGGUCUCGCAGGUCCUGAGAAAGAGGAGAGAGAGAGAGAGAGAGAGGAUGGGGUCGGAGACCGCGCGAGAGCUCCCCAAGAUCGACUUCUCCGGCGUGGAGCCGGCCAGCCCAGGCACCGAGAGCUGGAACUCGGUCCGAGCACAGGUGAUGCAGGCCAUGGAGUCCCACGGUUGCUUCGAGGCCAUCUACCCCCAGGUCACCCCGGAGCUCCGGGAGUCCCUCUUCCGGACUGCCGUGAAAGAGCUCUUCGCCCUCCCCCUCGAGACCAAGCAACGCAACAUCCAUCACAAGCCCUUCCACGGCUACCUCGGCGAUAUUCCGGCGCUCGACUACUACGAGAGCCUCGCCAUCGUAGACGCGCCACUCCCCCAUGCCACCCAAAGCUUCGCCAAUCUCAUGUGGCCUGAGACCGGAAACCCCACCUUCUGCGAGACGGUGCUCUCCUUCUCGAAGAAGGUGGCGGAGUUGGAGGGUAUGGCGCGGAGGAUGCUGAUGGAGGGGUUGGGGGUGGACAAGUACUACGAGGAUCUAAUAAAUUCCACCUGGUAUUUGCUCCGGUUUGCCGAGUACCAGGCUCCGGCUCAGGGGGAGGAGAAGAAGCUCGGUUAUGUGCCUCACCGUGACACGAAUAUGAUGAGCGUUGUGUGCCAGCUCCAGAAGGAUGGCCUGGAGGUUCAGGGCAACGAUGGGGAAUGGCUUCUGGCCUCGCCCUCGCCCAUCUCCUUCAUCGUCCUCGCCGGCAACGGUUUCCGGGCAUGGACCAACGGUCGAGUGGGUGCGGCCUUGCAUCGCAUACUGGUGGGAGGCGAUGUGACGAGAUACUCCGUCGUUCUUUUCUCGGUUCCAAAGAAGGAUUUCUUGGUCGAGGCCCCGCCGGAGCUGGUGGAUGAGGACCACCCUCGUCUCUUUGAGCCCUACUACGACGAUGAAUUCGUGCGCUUCUGUGUCUCAGAGGAGGGUACCAAAACGAUGGAUACACUGGGUGCUUACAACGAGCUUAUCAAGGCAAGAAAGGCCGAGGCCUAAGAGUUCUUCUCUGAUGUAAUGAAGCACUGGGUAGAGAUGCUCCUGCUGCUGUCACCUUGGACAACCAAUAUUAAUAUGGUUUAUAUGUGCUGCUGCUCUAUUAUUAUAACGCCCUGCUGGUGUAUUAUGAUGCAUUUGUGUGAUAUCGGGAAUGGCUUAGCCCCUAUUAUAUAAGAUUGGGUGAACUGGAACUGACUGUGGAAUCUCCUGGUGAUUACAUAUGUGAAAUAUACCCCUGUUCCUUU